ACCUUAUACUUAUUCCACCCUUUACAUCACCUCCACACCUUUCUCUCUUUCUCUAUAACACAAAAUACUUGGUCUCUCUCUCUCUCUCUCUUUCUGAGCCAAGACAGCUUUAUCUACUCUCUAAUUCCUCAUUUUCUCUCCCACAAAAAUAUCAAACACCCUUUCAAUUCUUUCUUUCUUUCUUUCUUAGCGCUCACUCCACCAUGACAGAUAGAGUCUACCCAUCUGCCAAGCCCGCCACCAACGGCGCGGCCGCCCCAAACCCAGCCUUCCCCGCCACGAAAGCGCAGCUCUACAGCAACGCGCGCCCUGCCUACCGCCCUCAACCCCACCGCCACCGCCGCAGCCGCAGCCGCUGCUGCUCUUGCUGCCUCUGGAUCAUUUUCCUUCUCAUCCUCCAAAUCUUCAUUGGAGCCAUAUGCGGCGCUGUUUUCUACCUCAUAUACAAGCCCCAACGCCCGACCUUCUCCGUCACCUCCCUCAAGCUCUCCACCUUCAACCUCACCUCCUCCAACCAGCUCACCUCCCGUUUUGACAUCAACGUCACCGGCCGGAACCCCAACAAGAAACUCGUCUUCUUCUACAACCCCAUCGCCAUCUCCAUCCUCUCAAAAGACGAUAUAGACGUCGGUGACGGAUCCAUACCGGCUUUCACUCACGGAAAGAAGAACACGACUCUCCUGAAGGCUAGGAUUACAAGCAGCGGCAAACCACUCGAGAGCAGUGACGUCACCACGUUGAAGGCUGAGAUGAAGAGCAAGGCUGGGUUGGGACUGAAGGUGAGGCUUGACACCAAAGUGAGAGUGAAGGUUUUCGGGGUGAAGACUCCGAAAAUCGGAAUUAGGGUUCAUUGCGAGGGGAUUAAGGUUACUUCUCUUCCUACUGCGAAAGUUGCUGCGAAGGCUUCGACUAGCAAUGCCAAGUGCAAAGUUGAUGUUAGAGUCAAGAUCUGGAAAUGGACUGUAUGAGUAUGAGGGAAACUACGUACUGAAAGAGAGGAAAGGGAAAAAGGUCUGUGAUAUAUUUUUGUUUUUUUUUUUUGAAAGAUUUGUAAUAUUCAUUUUCUUUGAUAUUCUUGUGAGUAUAUUAUGCUUUUUUCAAUGGACAGAAAGGUUUGCUGAUUGACAUCAUGAUUUUGUAUUAGGCAUAAUUAGCAAGUUGUCAAUCUGUUGAUACAUUUUCGUUUAAAAAAUUAUUUUGUACUUCGUAGUUAUUGAAAACGUUAAACAUUACUUCCUA